AUGGAAUAUGACUUCACAGAUAAUAUGAGCUCUUUGUAUACCAAUGCCCUAGUUGCAUUCCACAUAAAUAUGGAUGACCUUGGGAUUGCAACGCUGGCAUGCCCACGCCACGUCAACGGUACUGAGUAUGUAUGGCAUCCCCAACCAACCGCUGAUCAUAACUUUAGUCUAGAUACAUAUGUGAUUAAAGAUGGCGAGUUUCACUCGGUCCCUUUGUCGACGGUAGUGAUUAAGGAAGCACGACGCUUACAUUUUUGGAAAGCGUCAAAGCCGUCGCAAACAAACUUGCAUUGCUACCUAGGGAAUGACAGUAUAUACGCCAUUACCGAAAACCGUUUAGUGUUCAUUUGUGGUCCAAGGGAUUUGGUCUUGACAGAUGCGCUUCAAGCCCGACUUGCUCGCCUACGGGAGAUUUAUGAAAGAGAAGUAUAUUUAUGGGAUCAACCCACGCCAUUGGUUGAAGAAAUAGCCAAAAUAGGGAAGAGCUUGGGUGUGGUGUUCUUGCACAGAAACCGACAGCACAAACUUCUGCAGGGCUGCGGAAGCCGCCCCUCGAAACUCUUUGCUCCAGAUGAUGACGUGGCUGUAGACCCCAUCACGAACACACGAUCGUGUGUGGUAGAUCCGGUGUCGGAAUCGCCCAUCGGUUUUAUUUGUCAAGGGCGUAUUGAACCUGAUGAUUGCAUGAGGUAUCUCUUGGACAGUACGGGCAGAGUCGUGACUGCUCCUACACCACAUUUAUAUAGGAAUUUGGAUAAUCGUGGAAAAUGGGUUAUCGCGCAAUAUUUUAAUGGCGUAGCAUUACCCCGUUUCAACGGCGAAUGCCGAUGCAUAGAUCCUGGGACUGGUCACGUCAAGGCAAGAAUGGAGAUUCGUUGGAAAACUGAAUACGUUUGUGACAUAACCAGCAUGAUUGCCCGUAACAGGUUCAAUCCUAUUCGUGGGCCGUGGUGUUCAGUGAUGCUACAUCCGGGUGCUACGUUGACCAUAAAGUUGCCAAAACAGACAGUCAAGUCGACUCCUACUAACGAGGAAUUCGAAGAAGACGGCGAUGUUGACGAGGAUGCUUUGUCAGUCCCAUUCUCGCAACUGCCAUCUAUUCAUGAAUACGAAACUGAAUUUAAGCCAGACGUAUCGUUGAUAAUACGCCAAAGACAAACAAUUCAUGACUUCGAUCUUUACGACGAAAUCUUAAUUUACGAAGCAUUUACUGGUAACGUGCUCGAGGUAGAUGUUUCACAAAUGGAGAGAGGUGAGGUGAAGCUGAAGUACCGUGUAGACAGACCUCUGGCAUUACGAAGUGGGGGCAACUCGUUCUUAUAUCAUUGGACGUUCUUAUCUAGGAACGAAAAUGUUCUCGAAAAAAUACGCGCUGUGGUGAACGUCUCAUUUGCGCCUACUUAUCUCUACAAUAUUAUUGGUUGUGACAGAUGGAGACCAAGUAUGUUUGAUCCGGCAAAUGAUAUUGACUCUCUUACAAUUAAGGACAUGGGGAAUGGUAUAGGAGAAACAUAUGAAUGGCUGUUAGAUGUCAGGAGUGGCGAGGAGCAAGCCGGCAUCCGAUGCGGGCCCAAUGAGGAGCUGUUUCCAGACAAUUGCGAGUCCACAGGAUACGAUCUUUCGUCCAAUCAGAUUGCGCCAUUUCCUACAGCUGUGCGCAAUGCCACACUUUACCCAGUUCGAGGAUUUCAGGUAUUAGCCAUGAGCUUCCAAAAUGUCCCCGUCAGUCACGCUUGCAGUUGUGUUGAUGAACAUGGACACGAGACAUCCAGACUUAUUUUGAGAUCCAACCGUGGUGAAGUGUAUAUGUACACAGUACGUCGUGAAGAGGCAUACCAAAGGUUGCUACCUUACUCAUUACUACCCUUGACUGAGGUGGCAUAUAUAUACGCCAAUAUCACUCCUAUGUUAAAUUAA